GGUAUGCGUUGGAAUAGAAGCUAUAUUUUCUCACAUACGUCGACCAUGACUGGGAAAAGGAUACUGAUUCUGUUGUUCCUGUCAUCUGUUGUGGCACUCUGCGUUGCUAGGCAACCCCAUGAUGCUGAUAUUGAUGAUAAUGAAUUUGCAGAGUUUGAAGAAUUUGAAGAUGAAGAAGAAGAACCUGUGGUAGAGCAAGAGCCUAUAGUGGAGAAGAAGGUUCAACAGCGAGACAUCACUGGAGAAGAACCCGAAGAAGAGGAAGAUGAAGUUGUUGUAGAGACUGAAGAUGAUGAGUUUGAACAUCUUCAGGAUGAAGAAGAGUUUGAAGGUUUUGACAAGGAGAGAGGCUCCACCAAGGGAAAAUCCCAGGACAAGCUUCCUGAUCUGGAAAUGGCCAAGGUUCCUCUUCAUCUCCGCACCAACUGGGACAGCUUCUACCUGGAAAUGCUGAUGAUAGCAGGCCUCGGUGUGUACUUCCUCAACUUCCUGGCAGGCAAGACCAAGAAUGGAAAACUGGCUCAGUGUUGGCUGGGGUCACAUCGAGAGAUAUUGGAGUCCAACUUUGCCAUUGUUGGUGAUGAUGGCUCAGCCAAAGAAGUAACAUCAGGCAUCCUGAUGAAGGAUUCUGAGAAUGUGUACGCUCUGUGGUGCAGCGGUCGCAGCUGUGUGGAGGGGAUGUUGGUGGAGCUGAAGCUGCUAAAACGCCAGGACCUCAUCAACUGCCUCCUGCGUCUCUUCAAGCCGGCGUCGGACCAGGUGGUUGUCACUGUGGACAUGGAGAAAGCCAUCAUGGACAAGUUCGUGUUCUGCAUCGCGCACAAGAAGGUUGCAACCAAACUGCACAAAGAUAUGCAGGACUUGAGUCAGUUCACUGAGAGGAAGAACGUUGACCGGUACGACCUGCCCAGCUCCUACCAAGUGCUGUCAGAAGUAGGAGAAGCCACGUCCGCCAUCCUCGACAAGAAGGUAAGUGUGUCAGUGCUGACAAAGUUCGAGGGUCUUGUAGAUUUCAUGCAUUUCUCUGACCAAUACUCUGGCCCCAAAAACCAAGAUGAGUCACAGCCUACCAAAAUGCCCACAACUAAAUCGGUGCUAAUAUUUAGUUUUAAUGUUCCUGGACGAGGAAAGACGAAAACUUCUGACAUGGAGGUGAUCCGCCCCUUGCUGCAGCUGGUGUUCUAUUGUAUGGACAAGGUUGGUCGGCUGCAGCUCAGUCGGGAAGCUAAGAACAAAUCUGAAAAGAAUCGACAGAAAGCCGAAGAAGUGUUUCUGAAGCAGGCCCACGCCCAAAGACAGGAAGCAGCUCAGGCUCGCAGAGAGGAGAAGAAACGAGCAGAGAAAGAGCGGCUUCUGUCGGAGGAAGAUCCUGACAAGGCCCGCAAGCUGGAGGAACGUGAGAGUCGCCGUGAGAUGAAGAGAAAACAGCCGAAGAUGAAGAUGAUGAAAAUGAAGGCCAUGUAGAUCGUAUGAAUCUGACUGUGUCUUUAGGCAGGUGGCCAGACUCUAUAUAACCCAACCAAGUGUGAAUACAUUAUACAGGAAAUGGAACACGUUCCACAUUGUCAUUGCAUGAAAACAUGACUGUGGCAACCAUAAUUUCACCAUUUCAUCUCACUUCUCUACCAUGUCCUUGACAAAUUACACCACCUCGGGCAGCGUAUAGUUGCUGUAGGCUUUUCUCUGUCAUUGACCGUCACCAGAGAAGACUUUUACUUUACUCAAGAUUAUUUGUUUCCUUUUCUUUGAGACCAUGAUUGUCACGUGAGUACAUGCUGAUCGGAUUCAGCUGUGUGGGGUGGAUUAGGUCAUGAUGACCUUGUUUACAGUUUAGUAAGGCCACAUCUGUUACCAGCUAUCUGAUCCAUGUCUAUCAUGUAAUAUCUUUGUCAAUUUUCUAGGGCUUAUACAAAGAAACAGAACUGGAUAUAUAUAUUUACAAGAUGCUGGAAAGAAGAGGAAAAUUGAAAACAAGCUUUUAGCUUUAGUUUACAUAUUUUAGCCAGAGACAGACAUAUCUUCACAUCAAUGAAAUUAGAAAUUAAUGUAACAAUGUAUCAAUGAUAUAUAUUUGAUUUUAUAAUUAGUGAUAAGUCAAUCAGUGAUCUGUCCAGCUCAUUGUCUUCUGUUCGAAAGCUUCUGCAGAGAGAUCAUUCAUUGGCUGGGUUUAAAUCUAUCAAUUACUAUCAGGUUUUGUCUUCAGCUAACACAACCCCUGUUGAAAACAGCUGUCAAAGUCACAGAUGGUGGGAAUUGGUCACAUAUGAACACAUAUAUUUCUGUGAUGAGACCAUGGAUUUUAUGAAGAAUAGCCCCCAAUGGUCAUUGAAUCAUCCCUACAGUUUGAAAGUAUACUUCUCUCAUACAUAUAAUAUAUAAUUUGUGUCAUGGCAAUCUGAUGAAUGAAGGUGUUCACUGCCCAUUGAUUUUAUCCAAGACACAAAAUGGGAAUGGUGACUAUUAGUUUUAACAUUUUGUGUUUCAUUUGCAUUUUCAAUUCGUUUCACAUAAAGUCAGGAAGUGAAAGUACAGGAUGUAUUUUUUGUCUUCCAUUAGUUUAGUCAAUUGAUUACAUUUUUUUGUCAUUUCUUUAAACCUUUCUAUGUCAAUUAUACAGAUGUCUGAUGUAACAUGCAGCCAUAUCUGUAAACAUUCUCUAAUAAUAACCAUGGUAAAACCAGCUAAUCAGGCAAGGAUACAUGUACAGAUUUGAAUGUAGUCAGACGAUCAGGUAUGAACAGUGUGAGUGAAUCUGAGUUAAGGUAAAGAUGUGUGUCCACCAGACUACAUUGUUUUAACGCCAGCUAUAUAUUGGGGGGUGAUGGACAUCAGCUCAUUCCACAGUAUGGACAUCUGUGGUGGUAGCAUCCCACAGCAAUAGUUUCAUUGUCAAUUAUAUGUUAUUAGUCUUAAGGUGGAACAAUGGUACAGAGGAGUUUGAUACCUAUUUGGCACUAAGGGAAUAUGACGUCCAUCGGUUCCAGUGUGGCAUUACACAGGUACCUGACUUCAUGCAGUUGAUUUAGUAGACACUAAUCAGAUCAGUUGUACAUCAUAUAACCCUGACCUUUCAUCUUGUUUCACCAUGUGUGUUGUCAGUCUUAUGUCAUCUGUUUGUGUAAAAAGUGAAUUCAAUAAAAUAUCUGUGUUUGUACCAUC